UGAAUAGUGAAAAGAUGAGGGGCAUCAGUGCAAAUUGUUAAAGGGGUUGGCCUGUGUUGUCUUUAUCGUGAAUACCUCGCGGCAUGGAAAUUCGGGUCUUCCUCUCGUCCUGUGAAGUCAGUCUGAACUGAAAAAUACACAGAUUCGAACGGAUCGGAUCGGAUCAGAAUAGGAGGCAGGCAUGGGUGGAAGAAGCAUAGCAGCGGGUUCCAUGAAGCUGAAGGGGAUGGUAAAGCACGCCAUUGGAAGCGGGCGGAGCGUGACGUACAUGCCGCGGCCAGGGGACGGAGCGCCGAGAGGAGUGACGCUGAUACCGGGGGACGGAAUAGGGCCUCUUGUGACGAGGGCGGUGGAGCAGGUGAUGGAGGCGAUGCACGCGCCCGUGUACUUCGAGAGGUACGAGGUGCACGGGGACAUGAAGCGCGUGCCGGAGGAGGUGUUGGAGUCGAUCAGGAAGAACAAGGUGUGCCUCAAGGGCGGACUCAAGACCCCCGUGGGAGGCGGAGUCAGCUCCCUCAACGUCCAGCUCAGGAAGGAGCUUGAUCUCUACGCCUCCCUCGUCAACUGCUUCAACCUCCCCGGCUUGCCCACCCGCCACCACAACGUCGACAUCGUUGUCAUCCGAGAGAACACCGAGGGCGAGUACUCCGGCCUCGAGCACGAGGUCGUCCCGGGCGUCGUUGAGAGCCUCAAGGUGAUGACCAAAUUCUGCUCCGAACGAAUCGCAAAAUAUGCAUUUGAGUAUGCGUACCUGAAUAACAGAAAGACAGUGACGGCCGUCCACAAAGCCAACAUCAUGAAACUUGCCGAUGGCCUCUUCUUAGAAUCUUGCCGCCAGGUUGCAACCAAAUAUCCCAGCAUCAAGUACAACGAGAUCAUCGUCGACAAUUGCUGCAUGCAACUGGUCUCCAAGCCGGAGCGAUUCGACGUUAUGGUCACUCCCAAUCUUUACGGCAAUCUUGUGGCAAAUACGGCAGCUGGCAUCGCCGGAGGUACUGGUGUCAUGCCUGGAGGCAAUGUUGGGGGCGAUCAUGCUGUGUUUGAGCAAGGCGCAUCCGCAGGAAAUGUGGGGAAUGAGAAGCUGGUGGAGCAGAAGGAGGCCAAUCCAGUUGCUCUGCUUCUCUCCUCAGCCAUGAUGUUGAGGCAUCUUCGGUUCCCUUCCUUCGCAGAUCGUCUUGAGACGGCUGUCAAGCGUGUCAUUUCUGAGGGUAAGUACAUGACUAAAGAUCUCGGUGGAGUCAGCACCACCCAGGAGGUUGUCCACGCGGUCAUUGCCAACCUCGACUAGAUUCACUUUCACCUCGCUCAUUUGGUAUAAUAUUUCCCAUAUCAAUUAUAUACAUUCAAAUAAUCUUCGCCUCAAUGGUGGUUUUUGUAAUAAAAGUCACAUUCCAUUA